AUGAAAAUUGGCAAGUUGCGUAACCAAAAGAAAGAGGCUGGAAAGGAAGUGGCAACUGGAUAUCAGUUACAGCGGAACCAGGGAUAUCGGAUAUCAGAGUUACUUUCUUAUAUAGUCGUGGGUCGGCAGUGUCGGGGCCAACAUUUGCAAAAGCCAACAAUCUUGGGCAACAUGUUCAAGGUUGUCCACCUCCACGUCUUGAUCCUGGUCUGUUGUUUCUGUUGCCCGGAGGCCCAGCAUCCUGCCUGGCUGUAUCCGAUGCCUUGGCGUCCUCUGAUCCUGCCUAGACCAGUUCCUACGCCAGUGGCCAGUGGUGUUUCACAACUAAGUCCGGGUUAUACAGGUCCACAGACGUUUCCUUCAGCGCCGCAGGAUCAGCAACAAGGACAACAGAAACCGCAGUAUUCAGAGCAGUAUCAGCAGCAAUAUCCACAGCAGCAGCAACAGCAAUAUCCUCAGCAACCUGUCCUCUUUGGCCUAUUUGCACCGCAGUUGCAAGUUCAUCCUCUGGCCGCUCCACCCCAGGCAGGACACUUUACUCUGCCCUUCCGGCCAUCACCCUUUGCCGGCUACACGGACGAUGAGGUGGACAACGAAGUCCAGGAGAGUCCCGAACAGCAGCAACAUCCACAACAGCUAGAACCUCCUUUCCAUGCCCAUCCUUACAGAAGAUCAGGAUCAGGAUCAGGAUCAGGAAAUACUCCUCUGGGUUAUGUCUAUCUAUCGCCAAGUAAUAUCUAUAAUCUAGUAAGGUCUUAA